UUAUCUGAUGAUUUGGUGAGUCGAAAUCUUGCGUCUUUCGGUAGUUUCAUACGAAUGUGGAUUGUCAAGAGCACGGGAAUUCUUACGUUACUUCGCGGAUAGAAGUAAAAGCAAAAUGCAGAUCUUUGUAAAGACUUUGACUGGGAAAACGAUCACUCUCGAAGUAGAGUCGUCGGAUUCAAUAGAAAAUGUGAAAUCAAAGAUUCAAGACAAAGAAGGUAUUCCUCCUGAUCAACAGCGUUUGAUUUUCGCUGGUAAACAACUUGAAGAUGGACGUACUUUGUCUGAUUAUAACAUUCAAAAGGAAUCUACCCUCCACUUGGUCCUUAGACUGAGAGGUGGUGCUAAGAAACGUAAGAAGAAGAAUUAUUCUACACCCAAAAAGAUCAAGCACAAGAAAAGGAAGGUUAAGUUGGCUGUAUUGAAAUUCUACAAAGUUGAUGAAAAUGGAAAGGUUAUCCGUUUGAAGAAAGAAUGUACAUCCGAAAAUUGUGGACCUGGUGUAUUCAUGGCUGAUAUGCAAAACAGACACUAUUGUGGAAAAUGCACAGCUACUGUACCUAAAUAAAAACACAAUUUUUGUAUUUUUAAAUACAUAAAAUACAAUUAAAAAAUGAAUAAAAACUUUUGUUUCAUUA